AUGGUGGUCCUGGGCAAUGACUGCAAAAUGUCGGCCGCCGAUCAGCCGGCCGACGCGAUUCAUGUGGACGAAAUCGAUCACUUCAAUGGUAAGUGGUUUUUGGCUCGAAUUUUUUAUUAUGUUGGCAUUUUUGAGGGUAAAUUUUGGGGAUUGGAACUUGUGAUAUUGAGGAAAAUUAGAGCAGGUUUUUACGGCAUGUUCGACUUUUUCACUUGCGCUUUACAAAUAUUAUUGAGAUUUUUAGGCCGAAAAUUAUUAUCGAGAUUUAUUUUUUUGAUAGAACGAAUUUUUCUUUAUUUUGUUGUUUGCGUAAAUGCUUUACUAGCAGGCUGCAUAGCAUUUCUAUAAAAAAUUUUUUUCCAACGACUGCUCGAAAUGUUAUUGGCAACAAAUUGCUUCGGGCCAAUGGUCCAGAUUUGGUCUUUUGUAUAAUAAAAAGAUCGUUGAAUACCAGUAUUUUCAGAGAGUACUUAUCAGUCUAUCGGGAAAAUAACGGCGGGUCGUCGCGUUAAAAUGUCUCGUCUCGCCGCUAUCGCGCAAGAAAUUCCAAGCCGUGGCUUGCAGUUGCAAAGCGAUGAUGGGCGGUUUCGAGAUGCGACGAUCCGCCGUUAUUUUCCCGACAGACUAUACUUUUAUCUCAGCGAUGCCCCUGAUUUUCAGGGAUUGGUUUACGGACCAUUUGGGGGACCUAUGCCAAAUUUUUAAAAAUUGGGGGUAAUUUUUUUGGAAUACUGAACUUUUUUAUUUUAUUUUUUCCGUUUUUGUGGGAAAUUUUAAUUUCAAAAAUUGUUUGGAUUUUCAUAAAGAAAACCAAGACUGUAAUAUAUGUUUUUAUGUCAAGUAUUACCCAGUAAUCCAUUUAUUUUUACCUAUUUCUUCUAUAUUUUACUAAUUCUCACCUUGUUUUAGACGAUUGGUCACCGCCCUUUGCUUUUCGAGAUGGAGUCAAAAUACGAACCGAACAGAAGCUCUCCGACUUCUACACCGUCUACGAGGAGAUUGGAGAGUACGUCAAAAAAGUCAUUUUUUAAAUUAUUUAAUUUUUUUUUCAGAGGCAAAUUCGGCAAAGUUUUCCGUUGCGUUGAAAAAGAAACGGGUUUAACGUUGGCGGCGAAGUUCAUUAAGCUUCGGAAGGAUGCGGACUUGGCCAAGGUGGAAAAAGAAGUGGGUUUUGGGGAUUUUUUGGUUGAAAUUUUUGGAAAAAUAAAUUUAAAAAAUUUUUUUUUUAAUUUUAAAAUUUUUUAAUAAUUUUUUAUUGGCUAUUAAAAAAAUUAAAAUAAUCUUGGGGGUCGGUUUUGAGGUUUUUUGACCGACUUUUUUGGUCGAAAAUUUUUUUUAUUUUUUUUUUUUUAUUUUUUUCUUUUUUUUAUUUUUUAAAUUUUACAAGUUUUUAAUAGCUUUUUUGCGAUUAAAAAAAUCAAAUAAUUUUGGAAGUCGGUUUAAGGAUUUUUUGACCGAUUUUUUGGUCGAAAAUUUUUUAAAAAAUUUUUUAUCUUUUUUUUCUUUUUUUAUUUUUUUUUAAUUUUAAAUUUUUAAUAUAGCUUUGUUUGAAAUUAAAAAAAAUUUUUUAAAUAUUUUUUUUUUCAAAUAAAAAAAAAUUAUUUCAAAAUCCAACAGUACAAAUUUCGGCUUCGUCCAAAAUUAAUUUCUCUUUCCCAAAAAUUUCGCUUUGAUUUUAGGUCCAGAUCAUGACUAAGAUGCGACACAAAUGCAUUGCUCAGAUCUACGACGCUUUCGCCGGCGCGAACAAUGACGUCAUCCUGAUAAUGGAAAUGUGCGUUUAAUAAUUACUGUAAAAUUUCGAAAAAAUAUUUUUUUAUUUUUUAAUAAUAUUUAUUGAUUUUUUAUUUUUUUUUUUAUUUCAAAAAAAAAUUUUUUUAUAUUUAAAAAAAUUUUUUUUAUUUUAAAAAAAAAUUAUUUUUUUUUAUUUUUUUUAGUGUGGCCGGUGGCGAAUUGUUCGAUCGUGUAAUUGAAGAGUAUUAUGUCCUCACGGAGACCGCGGUAGCCCUAAUUAUGUAUCAGAUAUGCGAAGCACUCGCCUACAUACACAGUCAAAAUAUCAUUCACUUGGAUUUGAAGGUAAAAAAUAUUUUUUUGCAAAAAACUUUUAAAAAAAAUUGCAGCCAGAAAACAUAAUGUGUGUCUCGCAAUCGGGUAAUCAGGUGAAAUUGAUCGACUUCGGUCUGGCUCAAUAUUACGAUGGAUCUCAUGACCUGCUCUUGAUGGCCGGCACUCCCGAAUUCGCGGCGCCAGAGGUGAUAAAAUACGAACCCUUGGACUUCCAUACGGAUAUGUGGAGUGUGGGGGUUAUUGCUUAUAUUUUGUGAGUUUUGAAUUUUUUGAAGGGAAGAGUUGACUCAAAAUUAUUGAAAUGGGUCAAGUCUUUCUCUCGGUCAAAUUUUUGGCGUUUUGAUAACUUGGUGGGAAAAAGUGUAGGGAGGGCUCAAAUUUAGUGAUUUUGGUCCUUUUUUAGUCGGCAAUUUGCCCGGGCAAGAUCAAUCUGACCAGAAUUUAUCCGGUCAACUUGCCCAAUAUGACCAAAAUUUGACCGGUGAAGUUGAUAAAUAUAAUUUUAUGGCAAGCCAGAGGGUAUUCGAACUUGGCCGACCAAGUUUAUCUUGCCUAAUCUAACCGGUCAACUUGCCGAAUAUGACCAAAAUUUGACCAGUGAAGUUGGUAUAUUGGAAUUUCAUUUUUAAUUAGAGAAUAUUCAAACUUGACCAACCAAGUUCAUCUAGCCCAAAUUGACCGGUCAACUUUUCUAAAUUUUCCCAAUAUGACCAAAAUUUGAUCAGUGAAGUUGGUAUAUUGGAAUCUUAUUUUUGAUUAGAGAAUAUUCAAACUUGACCAACCAAGUUCAUCUAGCCCAAAUUGACCGGUCAACUUUUCUAAAUUUGCCCAAUAUGACCAAAAAUUGACCAGUGAAGUUGGUAUAUUGGAAUUUCAUUUUUGGUUAUAAAUAUUCAAACUUGACCAGCCAAGUUCAUCUUGCCCAAUCUGACCGGUCAACUUGCCCAAAAAAGUCCAAUUUGACCGCUCAAAUUCUACCUCCAAUUUCAACAGUACUUCAACAAAAAGCUAUAUUUCCAUUUUCCAGGCUCUCCGGCGAAUCCCCCUUCCUCGGCGACAACAUCGCCGAGACCUACUGUAACGUCGAAAAAGGCAAAUACGUCUUCUGCGAGCAAUUCGAUGAGAAUGGAAUCAGCGAAGAGGCUCGCGAUUUCAUCCGCAAAUUGCUGGUGAUGAACAAGUCCGAGAGAAUGCUGCCUCAUCAAUGUUUGCAACACAGUUGGAUAGUGAAAUCUUUGGAGAGAUCGAAGGAAAUGUCCCGAAGACAGUCUCAACAGGAGUUGGAAAAGAGGCUCAACACACAGAAAUUGAAGUCCUAUGUGAGGAAGAAGCAGUUCAGAGUAAGUUGGAAAGGAAUUUGAAAAUUUUUUAAAUUUAAAAAUUUCAUUUUUUUUUUUUUUUUUUUUUAAUACUUUAUACCAUUUAUACUCCGUAUUUCACCUCCAUUUUUUCAGAAAGCCGUCUUCACAGUGCUCUUCGUCAACCAGGCGAUGCGUUUGAUGCAUACGUUGAAGGAGCGUCGUUCCGAGGCCGGCGUAAAAUACGUUCAAAACAUGCUGAAUGCAGUGCAAAAUCAACAAGAGCAGGACAAAAAAGAGAUUUCUUCUUUGCUCAAGAGCUCAUUCAAACGGAAACCAACGCCUGUCGGAGAGAAUGCGCCGCCGAAAAAAGAGGAGGAUGUGGUCAUGAAGCCGACAACAUCGCAAGAAACUGUUGGAAAAUUGUCGGUAAUGGAUGUGGAUAGGAGUGAUAGCGAUCAUAAGGAUACCUUGCAGGUGUGUUUUGUCAUUAUUUUAAUGUUUUUUUUUUUUUUUUUUUUUUUUUAUCACAUGAUAAGUGUUGAAAAGUCAACUUGCCCAAUAUGACCGGUCAAGAUGACCGAUAAAUUUUAAUGGUAAUUUCCAUUUAUAACUUACUAAACUUUCAUUGAUCACCGUUAAAAUCCGGGCUAGAUGACCGGUCAUUUUGGGCAAUUUGACCGGUCAAAUUGGGCAAAUUGACCGGUCACAGUGGGCAAGUUGUCCAUGACCUCUCAAAUCCCCUCAAAAGUUACAAUAUUCCUCUAUUUUUUAAACCUCAAUACUUUAAAUCCCCAAAUUCCGCCAAGAGCAAGACUUGACCCAUUUUAAGUCAACUCUUUCUUUACCAAGUAUUCCUCAAGCCAAAAUAUUUUCAGAUAUCCGUCGUCUCCACUGACAAUGAAUCCUCUCGACCAAGUUCACCAAAACCCGCCAAGCGUCAUCGCGAAAAAGGCGACAAACCGAAACGGGUCAAGUCUACCUCUCGAAAAGCCUCCAGCUCCGAGCAAGCCGCCAAAAAACCGAAGCAAGGCUCGUUGGGCACCGGAAUGGCCACGAUGUUAUUGAAGCCGCCCGAGACCACGGAGCCGGCUUCGGUCGACGUGGAUAUGAAAUCGCGCUCUCCUUCGCCGAAAUCGCCGAUUUUGGAGAGAAAACUGCCAAAGACGGUUGAGGAAAAAGCAGCGGAUGUGAAUAAGGUGGCUGAAAUUAAAGUUCAAGGACUUGAGAAGAAGGACGAAGCCAAAGAUGUGGCUAAAGACGGGGCUAAGAGCAAGAAAGAGAGUCUAUUAGCUCGGCUACCCUUCAAGGAAGAGGUCAGUUCAACAAAAUUCGAAUUGCCCAUUGCUUCGGCUGCAGUGGCGAAGAAAGAAGAGACAAAAGUUGCGGGAAAUUCUACCAUAAAUAAGAAAGAAGAGCCUACAGUAGUCGCCGUGCCUGUAACGGCCGUUGCAACUAAGAAAGAAGAGGCUAAAGACCAGACCUCAACGACAAAACCAUUUUCUUUACCAGUAGCGGCAGCUGCGAUUAAAAAGGAUGACUUUAAGCCGUUUUCUUUGCCGGUGGCUGCAGCGGCUCCUGCAACAAAAAUCGAAGCCAAACAGCCGUUGUCGGCGUCGAAAUCAACUCCUCUUCCAACUGAGACUACUGUAAAGAAGCCGUUGAGCAAGACCAUCUCGGCAAAGGACGCCGAAUCCGAGGGGAAAUCGCCAAAACCGAAGAAAAAGCGGGUCAAGCCGAAGGAGACCGCUGUCUCGUCGGAAGCGACGAUUUCCACCGCCAAGCUUGACUUAAAGCCUGCGGAAAAUCGACCAGAGAACAAAUUGUUCGAGUCAAAGUCGCUUCUGAAGCCGGUUGAGCUGCAGAAACCCAAAGACGAGGCGAAAUGCAAGAGCGAGGAGCCGAGCGGAUCAAAAGUCGGAAAUCUGCUGAAACAACUCCAAAAAAAUCAGACUUCAGAUGCCCCCAUGAUGAUGGCUGUAUCUUCAUUUGUCCCUGUAAAGGUUGAGCCUGCAAAGGUCUUGAAAAUUGAGGAGGAAAAAGGCGAAAUUAAGAAAGAUCCGGCCAAGGUUUUGUCCCCCGAAUUGGUCAGCAAAACCGUCAGCGAGAAGAAGGUUUCGGUGAGGAAAAAGAAGGUCCACAAGACCAAGGAAGCCGGAGAACCGAACAAAACGGAGGUUGAAAGUAUCAAGGUAGGCUAGGGAAAAAUUUUGGAUUUUUUUUUUUCAAAAUGAGAUUUUUUUGGAAAAAAAAGAUUUUUUCGAAUUUUGUCGAUAGUAAAAACUGCCUCAGGGCGAUUUGGAUAAAAUUUUGGGGAAAUUUAGAGCACACUUUUAUAAGACACACCCGAAAUUUUUAGGUCCAAAUUUGCAAAAAUAAUCGAGAUUUUUUGGUCGCAAAAUGAAAAAAUUAAAAAAUUUUCUGAAGAUUUUAGACCUGAAAUUCUCAUGGUCUAUUACUAGUUGAAUGUUUAAUAUUUCCAUCAAAAUUUUUUUUUUCCCCAGCGAAAUCCGCAGAGUCAUACAAAAAUAUGUAGUUUUGUCUGACGGACUCUCCUCAUUUUGCGUGCUCUCUCGAAAAAACAUUGCGGAAUAUCUUGGCUGCGGGUGAACGGAGUUCACUAAAACUUUCAGGGAUUGAUAGUAGAGAUGUUUAGAGCAUAUUUGUGAACUUUGGUUGAGCCUGAACUCUACCCCUUUUCUGAAAUUUACCCCAAUCUGAACUCUACCCCUUUUUCAACUCUACCCCAAAAAAGGCUGAACUCUACCCCUUUUUCAACUCUACCCCAAAAAAGGCUGAACUCUACCCCUUUUUGAAAACUACCCCAUUUUGAAAAUUGAAAAAAUGAGGUGUGACAUCUUAUACGAUGGAAUUUUUUUUCAAAUUGAGAUAAAUGAGGUGUGACAUCUUAUACGGUGAAAUUUUUUUUUCAAAUUGAAAAGAAUAAGGUGUGACACCUUAUACGAUGAAAAAUUUUUUCAAAUUGAAAAGAAUAAGGGUGACACCUAUUCAAUUUGGAAAAAUUUUUCAUUAUAUAAGAUGUCACAUCUUAUUCUUUUCAAUUUGAAAAAAAUUUCCAUCGUAUAACGUGUCACACCUCGUUUUUUCAAUUUGAAAAAAAUUUCCAUCGUAUAAGACGUCACACCUAAUUUUUCUCAAUUUGAAAAAAUUUUUCAUCGUAUAAGAUGUCACACCUCAUUUUUUCAAUUUUCAAAAUGAGGGGUAGUGUUCAAAAAGGGGGAGGGUUCAUUCAAGGGGUAGAGUUGAAAAAGCGGUAAAGUUCUGAAGGGGUAAAGUUCAAAAAGGGGUAGAGUUGAAAAAGGGGUAGAGUUCAAAAAGGGGUAGAGUUCAAAAAGGGGUAGAGUUGAAAAAGGGGUAGAGUUGAAAAAGGGGUAGAGUUGAAAAAGGGGUAGAGUUCAGAAAAGGGGUAGAGUUCUGCCGCAACGGUGAAAUUUGAACAAAAAAUUUAAAAAAUUUUUUUUUUAUUUUGUAAUUUUUUUUUCAGAAUGAGUCCUCUGAAGUAAAAGUCCAACAUAAAAUCAACGUGCAUUCCCAACAAGACACCUCGCACACCGGAAUCGCCACAAAAAAGCUGGUUUUCAACGAAAAAGACAAGACUUUAGUCAACAAAUCCGCUGUUCUCACCGAACAGGAGAAAGUCAUUGACUCCCGGGAUGAGCUCGAAUUGAUUCGUCAACGGCUGCGGCAAGGCAAAGAGCGAAAAGAACAAAUCUUCGUGGAAAAGAGCGAACAGACCACGGCGAAAUUGGAGAUCCACUCGGAAAACGGGGAUUUGAAGUCGGCCAAGGGAUUCGGAGAGAAGAAGAAAGUGUUGAAGGCCAAAGUAAAGGAGGAUAAUCACGUGGAAGAAGUGAAAGUCAGCGGUGGAGAGAAAUUAUAUGCGCUUUUGGGACAAAAGGUGAGACUUUUUUGAAUUUUUGGAUUUGGUGAGAAGAAGGAACCUUUGCAAAAAUGGCAUCUAACGAUGAGGGUACCUUGGAAAAAAGGGCACCUGGGCAAACAGAGUACCUUAGCGAAGAGAGCAUCUGGGCGAAGAGGGCACAUGGUUGGGAAAAGGGCAUCUAACGAAGAGGGCACCUAGGAGAAGAGGGCACCUGGGGGAAAAAGGCAUCUAACGAAGAGGGCAUCCGGGCGAAGGGGGCACCCGGACAAGAAGGGCACUUAUGCGAAAGGGCACCUAGGCCAAGAGGGCCCCAGGGUAAAGAGGGCACCUGAGCGAAGAGGACAUCUUAGCGAACAGGGCAUCUGGGCAACGAAGGAACCUAGACGAAGAUAGCACCUGGGCGAAUAGGGCACUUCACCGAAAUGGACACCUUUGCGAAGAGGACACCUUAGCGAAUAGGGCACUUAACGAAGAAGGCGCCUGGACGAAGAGGGCACCCGGGCAAAGAUUCCAACUGGGGGAAGAGGACACCUAGAAGAAGAGUCACCACCUGGGUGCCCUAUCAUUUUUUCUCCAAGAUCUAAAUUAAUUUUUUAUUACAUUUCCAAGGUACCUCUUGUACCAAAUUUGGAGAAUUUGGAGCAAUUGCUUUUUUUCAAAAAUUACAGUAACCCAAAAGAUUUCAAAAUUUGAAAAAGUGAAAAAAAUCACCUCACUUUUUCCAGACCACUGAAUUGUUCCCUUCCUACUGCAGAUUCAAACCCACACGUGUAAAUUCUUUUAUUUUCAGUCGGCUCAAAACAUUCCGCAGCCGAGUGUGAAGCCGGAAGUCAACGGGGUAAAGCCCUCGUUUUCCGAACAGUUGGCCGCAACUUUGGAGGCAAAGAAGCGGCAAAAAGAACAACAAGCCGCUUCGCAGUCGAAGAGAGGCUCCAGAAGCACGUUUGAGUUCGACGAAAAUGACGAUUCACUUCUCCGACAACAACAAGAUGCCUUCGAUUUUAGCCUGCUCAAGGUGAGAAACUAAAAAUUUUUUUUUGUCAUAGUGCUCAGAGGUCGAAUUAGAGGGCGUGGUAAAAAUUUAGAGAAAUUUUUAACCGAAUUUUUCAAAGAAUUCUUGAUUUUGAGUUAAAAAUUUUUUUUUAAUUUUGACAGUUUGCUCAGAUUUUGAUGAAACUUGAAAGCAUAUUCAGAAUACAAUUUUAUAAAGAAAAUGAGAAAUUUUUAGUUUGCAAUCCUCAGAAAAUAUUGAGAUUUUUUAAAAAAAAAAAAUCAUAAAUUAAAAAAAAUUUUUUUUUGUGAUGUGUAAAGUAAAACCUGUCUUAUCUUUUACCAAUCUCAUGUAUAUUAUUCCAACAAAAGGGCAAUUUUUUCCGCUCAAAAUCCGCUGAGAUAUAGGCAAAAAACGAUAAUUUUCUCUAACCGUCUCCUCAUUUUACGUACUCUUUCGGGAAGAGAUCAUUGAAUAUCUCGGCUCUCUUUGCAAAAUAUUAUUUGUGAGCCAGAUGGAAGAUUUGAGCCAAAUUUGAAGGCAUUUGGAGAAUUUUAUUUUGAGAUAUUACACUACCUUCACCUUGAUUCCACUAGAAAAAAAUUCGACAAAAAAAUUUUUUUUUUUUUGAUUUUGAUAUCCUAAGUCAUAAAAUACUAAAUUUUCUAUUCCCACUUCCAUUUUCAGGCCAAACUGGAGCAGCGGCUAGCCGGAAAUGCCUCGGAUUCCAUGGACGAACAGGCCUACUUGGACAACAUGCAGCAAAAGCAAGAGGCAAUCAAGUCGUUGCGCUCUCGUCUCACCGACACCGGCAACGUCCAAAGAGCCAAGAAGAAGUGGCUGUCGAUGGAAAAGUCGUUAUACGAUGAACCAAUUUAA